AUGAACACAACUAAGACCGAGCUCUUCACCUCUAGAGUGGACCAAGCUGAAUCAGCGGCUAUUGCUAGCUACGAAUUCUUUUCGGGUCAAUUCCCUAUAAGGUAUCUCGGUCUCCCUCUCAUGAGCAGGAAGAGUAUUCACUUAAAUAAUAAGUCUUUCUGGAUCAUCCAAGCUUCACCAACAGAUUCUUGGGCCUGGAAAAAGUUACUAGACCUCCGACCCCUCGCGCUUCAAUUCUGUCAAUCCAAACUGGGUAAUGGAAGCACUGCAAGUUUUUGGCUCGAUGUCUGGACGCCGUUUGGCCAGUUAAUUGAGUAUAUUGGCCCUUCUGGUCCGAGAGCUUUGAUGAUCAAAAAGGAGGCGGUUAUUGCUGAUGCAAUUAGAGAUGAUGCUUGGAACCUUCCGCAUCCUAGAGCCCAAAAGGAAGUUGAUCUUCAUUCUUAUCUCACAACUAUUACCUUGCCUUUAGCUACUGAUAUAAUAGAUGAAUAUGAAUGGAUUGCUGCUGAUUGUCCAUCUCGUAGUUUCAGGUCAUCUUCGACGAGGGAGAUGCUGAGGCCGAGGGAGGAGACUAAAGAUUGGGUAGACGUCGUCUGGUUCAAAGGAGGAAUUCCUAAACAUGCAUUCACAAUGUGGGUUGCAAACUACGACAGGCUGCCCACAAGGUCGAGGCGUACCAAUAGCACCUACUUGCCCUUUCUGCGCUCGCUAUGA